AUGAAUAUUCCUAGAUUGCGACGACUGAAAGCAAGUAGGUUUAGUAUAGGUUUAGCUAUACUAGCGUUAGUUCAGUUAGUUACUUUUGUAUUCGCGGAAGCACCCCGGACCGAUGAACCGAUUGUUGAGCAAGAUGCCAGUGGAGUACCCACUAAACGAGAUGACAUCGUUUUAGGAAUUGACUUAGGAACUACUUUCUCAGUAGUAUCUAUGUACAACCCAAGCAAAUCUUCAGUAGAGAUCGUAUCUUAUGGUCUUGGCCGUAACACAAUGCCUUCCUUUAUCAAAAUGGAAGUUAUGCAAGAGGCGCCUCCCCAGCGAAUUCUAGACGAUAUGAUGAUGUCACAGAAGAAGUACGAGAAGUCCGACUACUUCUUCUACAAAGGCAUCUGGAUGAAGAAAGGCAUGCGUAAGCUAGUUAAGCCUAUUGUAGGAUGGGAAGCUCUGGAGAAGACCAAGAGUGAAAAAGAGUCCGUAGGGAGUUAUCUCUACCGAUUCAAGCCAUUGUUAGCCCGUAGUUUUGCCGAGCAGAAGGACAAGAAAGUCAUCAAUGAUACUUUAAACCAAGUUAAGUACGAGAUUGCUGACCGCCGGGAUCCAGCUACUGGUAACAGAGUCAUUGGUAUUCUUAUCCGGGACGGCACCGAAGAAAUCGGAUGGACAACUCCUCGCGAUCUAAGUACUAUGGUUUUAAGCACUUUAAGAGAUAGUGUUAAUAAGUUGUUAAAUGACAACAGCCGUAAGAAGUGUGUCGUAACAGUACCGGCCUACUUUGAUGACCAGCAAAAGAAAGAGACAAGAGCAGCUGCUUCAAUGGCUAAUCUUGAAGUUUUGGACGAAGGAAUCAUCAACGAGCCGACUAGUGCUGCUAUUGCCUAUGCUUACACCUGUGCUAACAAGGGCGGUGUUAAAGACUUAGCGGAGAAAGAGUUCUUAGUUUUUGACUGGGGAGGUGGUACUCUCGAUCUAUCCUACUUAAACUAUGCGGACCAAACACUAAUUGUAAAGGCUCAUACUGGGAACAACUUCUCAGGAGGAGAGAAUGUCAACGACCGCAUCUACAACUACUUCGUGGGCCAGAUGGUCAAGAAGGGACAUAUUAAGAGCCGCGGGGCUUUGAAUAUUAAUGCAACCCUACGAUUGCGUAACAUGGUUGAAGAGCUUAAGAUCUCUCUGUGUGAAGAACAGAACGACCAUGAUCGGGCUGAGCGAGAGUUGGCUGCUUCUGAGAACCGCAAACCUUCUUAUGCUAAUGUGCAGGACUGCUCUGUUGCUAAGAAAUUCUUUAUCUCUGAUGAGUGUGGUGAAAUGGAACUACAACUAUCUACUAGUGUUUUGAACGAUCUUUGUGAUGAUCUUUUCCAAGAGAUUAUUCAGCUGAUUGUUAACAAGGCUUCUGCUGAGGCUGAAGACACUGAUGGUCUUCUGAACAAGAUCUCUUUGACUUCUGCUGAUAUCAAGAACGUUUUGUACGUUGGUGGUAGUAGUCGUAUCUCCGGUGUACGGCGCUUGCUUAUGGAGCAGUUCCCUAAUGCGGACCACUGCUUUGAGCUAAAUGCCGAUACGUGUGUGUCUGUAGGUGCAGCUUACCAUGCAGCUGCUCAUGAGAACCUUAUUAGUGCGGACAAUUACGUGGCUCUGGUCGAUGCUUUGCCGAUGAAUGUCGGUUUAGGUCUGGUGAACAAUAUCUAUGAAGUAAUGGCUAAGGCUGGCAUGCAAGUGCCCAACACUAUUACUAAGAUCUUUGCCACCACUUCCGAUGCCCAGAAGAGUGUGCAAAUAGAGAUCGGUCAGGCCUCGACCGAAACCAAGAAGUUCUCUAACACUAAGAUUGUCGGUCGCUUCAAGCUUGACAUGCCCCACAACAACCUUCCUAAAGGCAAGAAGCUUAUUGAAGUUACCUUUGACUUUGGAAACGGUGGAGACAUUGAAGUAACGGCCAAGGAACUUGGAGAAGAGAAGGGUAACGAGCAGAAGAUUGUUAUCAAGAAGGAAGCCACCUUGAUGGACGAGAAGGAGAUCGAGCGUAUGAACAAGCAGUACGAAGAGACGCGCGAAGAGGAAGAUGUCUGGUUUGCCCGGUGCGAGGCUGGCAAGAAGUUGGAAGACUUUAUUGCCGAGAUCCUGGCCCGCAAGGACCAACUCCCCGAUGGCUCGCGCAAGGAGGAGUGCACUGUUUUGGCCAACGAAACCCAAGUCUGGUACAACCGAAACAUCAAGGACAAGGAGGCAACUCUCGACAAUGCCGAAGCACUCGAGCUCAUUACUACCAAACACAAGGAUGUUCAAUCCACCUUUGAUCUCAUUAUGUCCAGUACUGACGAAGCCACUGCCCCCAAGGAGGAGGAGAAAGCUCCCACUCCCGAGGAAGAGUUUGUGCCCAGAGAAGACCUGUAA